AUGGCAGCCCACAACAUCCAUCUGCAGAAAGCUGGAGGCAGAGAGCGACUAGCAAUGGACUGCAAGGUCCCCAGCAGUGACAUUAUCCCGGCAGUGGCUGCAAGGCUAAAAUAUUAUGUUGCUAUAGAAAGAAAAGAAGCUGGGUUUGAUCUGUCCGUAAAUCAGCAAGAUUCAGAUGGGAAACAUCGACUGUACCAGGUGCCAGCAACAAGUGACAAUGUAGAUUAUGAAAUCGCCGUCCACACCACAGCCAGAUUUCAAGAAGAAACUACGCCCUCCAUGUUCAUACGACUGUAUGGAGAAAGUGGCAGAACAAAGACACUUUCCCUUCAAAAUCCUUUGGCUGCCACCAUUACCUCCAGUGCUGACCGGGCUUUUACUUUUUAUGUCAAGACAAAGGAUGUUGGAGAACUGACUGAUUUAUCUAUGGGAAUUAAUACAAAAGAUAAAGCUUGCAUUUGGUAUUGCAUAAAGGUUAUUGUAAAGAAGGGGACACAAAAGUACAUAUUUCCAUAUAACAAUUGGUUUUCCUCAUAUACCAAAAACUGUCAGACGAAAAAAGAUAAGUGUAGGCCAACCACAAGUAAACCACAAAGCAGCAAGAACAUUUCCUGUCUUGUAUCAUCUAAGAAAGUGGAGUUUCCAAUCACUCAUGAUGGAAAACUAGAAACUUCUAAGAAAGAAAGCGACAAAGAUUUAGAUAGUUGGAAGAUAAAUAACAAGAAGUCAAUCCAGUCGCCAAGAACAGCUGAAGGAAACACAUCGAAAACUAGAACAUUGAUAACAAGAUAUGGUUCGUCAGAGAGAAGACCUCAGGGCAUUCCUAGCUCUAAAAAAGCCACAUUUCAAGCAUCUUCAGGAAAGACCAGGACAAGCAAAGAUACAUCUGAUCAAGUCACACUGAUGACAGAAAAACAUUCUACCACUAUAAUGUCAGAUGGUAGCAAGGCUCAACCUCUACUUGGUGAGGACACCAUGUAUAACAUUACAUCUAGUAACACAAGUACAAAGAGAGAUCUGACCAUACAGAGUAAUAUACAGCCUCCGAAGUACAGACGAGCAAGCAGUCCAGCCAGCUAUGUGUUCUUCGCUCUUGAAAACAAAGAGUCAUCAACCAUUGAUCAAGUGAAUGAGUGUACCAAGAGAUAUUUACAAGAUGGUUCUAGUGGUCCAAAGUUGAGAAUCAGAAGAAGAGCAUUCUCUGAGAUGACAAACAUCGAGUCACAGCGUUCUGGUGAAGGCAAAAACUAUAUUAGUUUUAAUAGAACAUCUUCACAACUUGCUUUACUUCAAGAACUUCUUUCAAAUUCUGUGAAUAAUGUGACUUCUGGGUCACUGGACUCUCAGCCUUUUUCAAGCCGUGAGAAUAGUGAAGAAACAAGAGCUCAAUGUGGAGCAGAUGAUGAAGUCCAUGGAGACCAUACACACAAGAAUGACUAUGACAAAUUGUGCUCUCAGCUGGAUUGUGCAGCUGCAAAGACAUCUGGUUACACCUGUUCAUGUGGAGAGCACAGCGGCUACGAGACAGACUCUACAUUAGAUGAGGAAUUUAUCUUUUCAGAUACUUCACUGGAUCUAAGCCUGUCAGAUGACGAUGAUUCUGAUUCCUCCUCCAAAUUUGAUGUUUUAGGCAACUGUCCAGAAUACAAUAAUGAGGAAGAUAACCUUGACGUGAUGGAAAAAUCCAAGCAUCAGAUUCACAGGCAGAGAAGAGUGGAAUCUUGUAGUGAAAAUUCAAGUGUCUUUCAGCGCUCAUUAGCCGCAAUCAACAAUGGAGAUGACAGAACGCUUAGGAUUUUGUGCCAGUCCCAUUUCUUUUUACCUAGUGUAACAGAUGAAGAAGGAAAAACGCUUUUACAUCAUGCGGCCGAACAGGAUAAUCCAAGUAUUUGUCAGGUGCUCUUGGACACAAAUAUUGGCCUGGUGAACAUGGACCAGCGGGACACGUUUGGGAAGACUGCUUUACACUAUGCUGGAAAAAAAGGAAAUCCAAAAACUAUAAAGACGCUUAUGGACAAUGGUGCAAACUUGGAAAUCUGAUGAAUAUCUGUAAAUAGGUCAAUUAUAAAUGUGACACAUUUCAUGGUUUAACGUGUAGUUUUUAAUGUCCCCGGGUAUAGGUGUUACUUCUCACAUUACAACCCAUUAGUAAAAGAGUGCCCCCAUAUCAAUUACUUUUAGAAAUUCAAGUUCUGUUUGCAAAUCACAUCAGUCUGAGGCAUCUGGUCACAUUUAUGUCCGAAAUUCCAUCAUGAUGGGAAAAAUAACGCAGCAUAUUUCAUUAUUCUUCCUGUCGCAACGAUGGACCCAAUAUAAAAGUCAGUGGGGUCUAUUGGACAUCUCUGGUGAUACAGAAGGCUGU